AUGACUGCAAGUCUUGGAUUCCAUAGCACGUCCAUGGGACGAUUCUUCAUGAUGUCGCUUCUGUUCCUCUCCGAUGCGCUCGUGAGCGUGAACCGCACGGACCGGAUUGAGGUGGUGCUCAACACCACAGAGGCAGAGCUGCCCCUUCGGGACAUGCCGGAGGCACCUGCUGCCCGGGCGCACCGGUCAAGCCGGUCUACAGCGCUGCAGGUGGUACCUCGAGUUUGGCCUCUGGGGGAGGCGGAAGACACCCCUCCGCCAUUCCGCACGCUGCACCUCUACAUGGCAGUUAGCAUGAUCCUUGGCAUGGUGAUGGUGGCUUGCUACAGGAGUUUGCAGUGGCUUUGUUCCAGCGGUCCAACCCGUCCGCUGCAGGCGCACGACCCUUUGGAGUACGCCUUCAAAGCGCGACAGCUGCAGAGGCUGCGACAGGCGCCGGCCGGCUCCCACGAGGAGGUGGGAGAAUUAGGGUUUGUAGAUAUUAUGGUACUUAUAGUGUUUAUGGGGUACUUAUGGGGUGGACACGGGAUGGUGAGUCUACACUGUGUACUACAUCACUACGGCUUGGGGGUUGACAGGAUCUGCGACUUUCGGUUUGUUGGGACCGCGCUGUCAAGCUUCCACAACUGUUGA